GAUUAUAAAGAUUGCAGUACAUAGAGAUGCAUUUAACAUUUUAUAAAAGAACUGACCAAGAAUGAACAACCCUAGCUCGAUCUACAUAGUUGACGAUCUACUAGAAGAAAUAUUCCUGCGACUGCCAUUGAAACCCAUCCUCAAAUCCAAAACUCUCUCGAAACGAUGGAGAUCGAUUCUCGAAUCAAAGAAUUUCGUUGGGAGACGCGUGAGUUUUCAAAAGAGCCGUAAGAUCCUAGCUGCUUACAACUGCGACUGCGGCGCGCAGCCGAGGCUCCUCCCAGAGUCACGGUUCAAAGGGGACGAAGAGAUAGUCUACCUCCAUUGCGACACCAAACGACCCUCCAUGACUUGCGACGGUUUGGUCUGCAUCCCUGAACAAGACUGGAUCAACGUUUUGAACCCUUGGACAAAACAGCUCAGGCGGUUCUGUUUCGGAGCGUGGUCGUCCGGUUACUCUCGCGUGAUGGGGUUCGGUAGCGACGAAGUCACAGGGAGCUAUAAAGUAGUGAAGAUGGAGAUAUGGAGUUACAGUGAUCAUUGUGGAGUGGAGUGUAGUGUUCUUGACGUUGAAACUGGUGAAUGGUGGAUAAUGAGUCCACCUUCUUACAAGUUGUUCUGUCCAAUUUCUCACAAGCUUUCAAGAAUAUCAGUGUGCGUGAAUGGUUCCAUCUACUGGCUACAACACGUUGGGAGUGGUUACAAGAUACUAGCAUUGGAUCUUCACAAAGAAACGUUCCAUAACGUACCAGUUCCGUUAACGCGUGUCACGCAAGAAACACAAAUAGCGAACCUUGAAAACCGUCUAACCGUAGCCGUUACUUAUACAAACCCUGAAUGGAAGCUAGAUAUCUGGAGCAAGGGUAGUAGUAUAUGGAACAAGACUUACUCCAUUAGUUUAGCCGGAAAAGGUGUUCCCUGGGAGAUUCAGAGUGAAGGGUUCACACCGGUGUCGGUUUCUAAGCAAGGGAACCUUGUUUUUACUGACAAUCACAAGAGGCUUUUCAAAUACUAUCCAAGGACUGAUGAGAUCCGUUGUCUCUCCUUAGACACUUGUGUUAUAUCUCCUUUCUUGGAAACUUUGGCUCCACUUCCUUUGAAAUCAACUCUUCCGUUUCCUCAUCCGCGCAGGACAUCCAAGUGCCGCGUGCUUUCGAAACAGGACGAGUUUGGGAUAGUAGAGCUUCUCAUAACCACUCUAGUAGUUCUUGGUAUUGUUUUGUUCCCUUUCUAGGAGUCUCUACUAAUACAUGAAGAAGAGUUGCUUACCUUAAUCUUAAUCAUGUGUUUACGUUAAUCCAACACAGUAGAGAAAAGACAUUCCUAAACUUGAAAACCAUACACACAAGUCAUACACAAACAAACUCUUAAUUAAACUCACGUUUCACAAAUCCUUUAGAAGAUAUCUUUUGUUGGAACCUCCGCGGUUGAAGCGGUUUGAUCAGAGGUGGCUAGACCUUCGAGCAUUCUGAUAAUCUCUGCAGUGUCGUCUAAGUAGUACUUAGCUUUGCUUGGCUUUUGACCAACGGUGCAAGCGAAUAUUUCAGCCACUGGAGACAAAGCAGGACCAUCUUUAGCACCCAUUAU